CGGAAGUGACGUUGACGCGCGCAGAGUGUCAAUUUUUGAAUCACGGAAAACAGCAGUUCUUCGCUUCAACUUUUGGGUAAACUUAGUAUUUCCCCACAACACGUAUGGAAUAUUUGAAUAUUUCCACCAUAAACGUAUAAAUCAUUAGAUGUAAGAUCGGACACAUCGCGUUCAGCUUGAGUUCCGUUUACGUUUUGGAGUGUUUCUGUCAUAAUUUGGCUAACCACGAAGCUAACGGCUAGCGGCGGCUGGAGUAUUUGUAAACACGACAACGAAGCUCAGCGGCUGUAUCUGCUGUCAGCAUUUCAACAAUGGCACAAGUUCAGGACUUGUUGGAGACGGGGGAGGCUCUGGUCUACAUUAUCAACAGCAGCCAAACUGAGAACCAGCUGAGGCAGGUGAAAGAAGCACAGCAGACCUUUUUUGACCAGCAUGUAGAAACUAAGAAAAUUGUGACACAGAUUUUAAAAGAUAUCGGCCAGACUGAGGAGAGUGUGGGUCAGAGGUUGCUGGACAUGGAGGAGCAGAAGAAUCAAAAGGAGCAGGAGCUGGAGAGCCUGGAGGAACAGCUGAGGCAGUACACAGCCAAAAGCCAGAUGACUGACUCAGAAUUACAGUUUCUGCAGAAGGAGUUUGAGAGUCUCAGAAACGCUGAACACGAGCUUCAGAGCCUACAGCAGGAGGUUGAUGAAGACACUACAGAGGUCAUCCCUUCAGCAGUAUUCAUUGCUCAGCUGUACUACAAAGUAACGAAGAUCAAGUGGGAACAUGACACAGAGCCACACAUUUUGAAAGGAGUGCACUAUGGCGCAGACCUCGCCACACCCAUUAACAUUGACACUUCUGUGCGAUCCCGCAGUGAUGUCAGCGACCAGCUGUGGGGCUUUGUCAGCACUGAAUGGUAGAUGACGGAUGGUGACUGACGUAGAGGCAGAUGUCGAAAUAUUUGUGUACAUGUUUUGUAACUUUUAUAUGUUCUGUGCUGUGUUUUUAUUGUUCUAACAAGUAAUUAAA